CAAUGCAUAAGACACAGAUAGAGGAGGGAGGAGUCCGAAUCCUAAAUUAAGGUCAGGAGAGGACCGGAGGAGUUGUCCCAUUCUACCCUUUUCUCUCUCUACAUUAGAUUUGUUAGUUGCCUGCACAGCAUAAGCAAAAGCAUUCCUCAGCAAUCCAUAUUCUAAAAUCAAAACUCCUACUUUAGAUUUGUUAGUUGCCUGCACUGCAUAAGCAUUCCUCGGCAAUGUCAAAGAGCCGCAGCUCACAGAUUAUAACAUGUAAAGCGGCAGUAAUAUGGGGAAGUGGGGAGCCAUUGAAGGUUGAAGAGAUACAAAUAGAACCACCAAAAUCAACUGAAGUUCGAGUGAGGAUGCUAUAUGCAAGCGUGUGUCACACUGAUGUCUUACGUGCCAGACGCAAAGGAGAUCCUGUUCCACUUUUUCCUCGAGUCCUGGGCCACGAAGGCGUUGGAACGGUGGAGAGCUUUGGGGAUGAAGUCAAUGGUCUUGAAGAAGGAGAUUAUGUGAUACCGACAAUGUUAGCAGAGUGUGAAGCCUGCGAGAAUUGUACAUCAGCGAACACCAAUUUAUGCCUGACAUACCCUUUAAGUCGUAGUGGUCUAAUGUUAGAUGGCACUUCAAGAAUGUCCAUCAAAGGGCAGAAGUUGUAUCACAUGUUUACUUGCUCCACCUGGUCCGAAUACAUGGUUAUUGAUUCCAAUUAUGUAAACAAGAUCGAUCCAAGCAUACCUCUGUCUCAUGCCAGUGUUUUAUCAUGUGGAUUUUCAACUGGAUUUGGAGCAGCUUGGAAGGAAGCUCAGGUUAAAAUGGGAUCAACUGUGGCUGUUUUAGGCCUUGGAGCUGUUGGACUCGGGGUCACAGAAGGAGCUCGAAUGCUAGGGGCAGCUAAGAUAAUCGGCGUUGAUAAGAAUAGCAUGAAAAAAGACAAGGGGCUAGCUUUUGGAAUGACCGAUUUCAUUAACCCUGAUGAGUGUUCGGAUAAAUCUAUUUCACAAAUGAUAAAAGACCUGACUGGUGGAAUGGGAGUGGAUUAUUGCUUUGAGUGCGUUGGUGCCGAGUCCUUGAUUAAUCAAGCCAUCCAAGCCACAAAAGAGGGAAAAGGAAAAGCAAUUGUUAUAGGCGGAGGAAUCAGCAGCGUAAAGAUCGAUUACUUUCCUCUUUUGAGUGGAAGAACCCUAAAGGGGUCCAUUUUUGGAGGGCUCAAAGUAAAAUCUGAUCUUCCCAUCCUCAUGGAGAAAUGCAAAAAUAAGGAAUUCGAUCUUGAUGAACUCUUGACUCAUGAAGUUACAUUACAAGAUAUCGAGAAAGCAUUUGAGCUGUUAAAGCAACCAGAUUGUGUGAAGGUGCUCAUCAAGAUUUGAUUGAUUAAGCUGCUAAUAAAGCCUGGCCAUGUUUAUGUCUAAGUAAAAAAAAAAUAGCUCAUAAAACAGCAUCUGAAAUAAAGUUGCCAGGAUUAGAAAACAUGCUCACGAAGUCUAGCAAGAUGUACGCCCGAGUACUGAAUAUCGAUGGAUCGAAUAGUUUCAAGCUUUGCUACUUCUCAAGAACAAUUCGGGCAUAAUUUGUUGAAGUUGAUGAAAAAGUGAUUUUGAUUUGGCAGGUGCUCUAAAA